AGCAGUGCACGUUACUGACUGUGGGGGGCAGUAUUAUGCUGCCAAACGCGCAGCCUCUCGUGAACUCAUUAGAAGAAGAAGAAGGAGGAGGAGAGAGUUUAACUUUUCAUGUUUUUUUUACAACUCACAUCUAGAUACGGUUGUGGGUGUUUAUCACGACAACAAAGAAAGGGUUAUUUUGCCGUACAGUCUGCAGACUCACAAUAACAGGUCAAGCCAGCACAGAGAGGUCGUGUCCUGCCCAGCCACAUUCCAUUUAAUGGGAAGCGAAACUGAGGAAAAGAUAAUAGUAGGUUCAGUGCUCUAUGUUUUGCCAGUAAUGAUCUGUGGCAGUGAGAGGUUGUGGCGGCCUCAUCAGUAGCUGUCACCACGGCGGGGGGCCUUCGGACCUCCGUCUGCAGGGUGGUCAUUUACCUCCAAAAGGACAUGUCCGGAGACAGCUACCUGCCCCAGCAUCAUAAGCCUGACUCCACCUCCCCAGCCCCUCCUCUGGCCUGUCCCAAGACCAAGACCUGCAGUUAUCGAGGAGCGGUUGGCCUAGGCAACAAAUAUGUCCGGAUUAAUGUUGGCGGGACCCUGUUUUACACCACACUUCAAAUACUGACCAGGGAGAGUUCCAUGCUGAAAGCUAUGUUCAGUGGAAAGAAGGAAGUGUUCACUGAUAAAGAAGGUUGGAUCCUGAUUGACCGCAGUGGGAAACACUUUAGCAGCAUCCUGUGCUACCUGCGUGACGGCACAGUCACCUUACCCAAAGGCCGUCAGGCUCUCCAGGAGCUGCUAGCUGAGGCAAAGUAUUACCUCAUCCAGGGCCUGGUAGAGCUUUGUCAAAACACCCUGCACGGCAGUAAAGAGCAGCCCCUAUGUGUUAUACCUGUGGUCACCUCCAGUAAGGAAGAAGAGAGGCUCAUCCAGUCUUCUACCAAGCCUGUGGUGAAGCUGGUGUACAACAGAAGCAAUAACAAGUACUCCUACACCAGUAUCUCAGAUGACAACCUGUUGAAAAACAUCGAGCUGUUUGACAGGCUGUCUCUCAGUUUUAAUGGCCGCGUCCUCUUCAUCAAAGACGUGAUCGGAGAUGAGAUCUGCUGCUGGUCCUUUUAUGGUCAGGGGCGCAAACUGGCUGAGGUGUGCUGCACCUCCAUCGUCUAUGCCACAGAGAAGAAACAGACCAAGGUGGAAUUUCCUGAAGCUCGUAUCUAUGAGGAGACUCUGAACACCUUGCUGUACGAGACAAUGCCACUACCUGACAACUCCCUGCUGGAGGCCACUCGUCGAAGCUAUAACAACUGCGGCUCUCACAGUGAGGAAGAGGAGGGGCCCGGGGGAACUGAGCUCCGUGAGCGUGUCCGUCGAAUCCACAUAAAGAGGUACAGCACGUAUGACGACCGGCCACUGGGACACUGAGACUGAGGCCCCAAACCGCUGGACUGACUUUAGCUUUUCACAUUGAUGAACAUUCAAACAUGAAGUAUGUUGAUGCUCAUGUUUCUAUUUUGAAAUUUUUAUUAUCUUAGUGUAUCUACUACUAUAUAAAAGAAGUCCAAAUUAUGACCUUUCUGUAAUUACAUCUGACUUUUUACAGUAGAUAAUUGUGGUGUUGUCUGCUCUGUCCAUUAUACUUUAAGCGUUGUUAUCAGAGGAUUCAGAGCAGCUACUUCAAAUAUCAAGAGACUUGUAGGUUUUUAAUUAUAUUUAGAUUAGUAAUGGAGGAAGAAUCACUAAUAUGCACUAUUUCUUGGGUGAAAUAUUGUUCAAAUCAUAGCACUUACACUCUGAAUCAGCUGGAGAGUAUGUUUCAUAUUUCUAGAUUGUAUUUUUCAGAUAUGCAUUUACAACAUUUACAUAAGCCUUUUGUCUGCCAAAGAUUAAACUGUUUUAGUUUUAUUAGAAUUGCCUCACAUGUUUUUAUGCAGUUUAGCAUAAUGCCUUUUUUCCAGUUGUGAAGAUAAAAGCUCUUGUUAUACAACUAUUGUUUGUCUUUGGUUAGUUUUUAGUGGGGAGGAAUAAAUGAAAAUCUACAGUUGGAACUCAACAAUCAUGAGACCAAAAGUAAUGCUCUUCACUGGUGAUGCCUAGAGGCAGCGACACUCAUUGAGCAGCUACUUGUCAGAAAUACAACAGAAGAGUAACGGGUGUAUCGGUCUAUAGUGCAAUCAAACCAACUUUCAUUGUUUUAAUAAAGAAGUCAGUCAGUAAUCUGCCUCUUUUCCAUCACGCCAUG